AUGGAGUCAACGAUACAAGAGCUAGAGGAUCAUCAUGUUCAGGUAUAUCGGGAGCUUCUUGAGGUGCUGGAUGAAUUGUAUCUUGUGAGAAAAGGGCUGAUAGCUAGAGACAAAUCGGCAAUGGAAAUAAGACGACAGUUACAAUGCUCGAUGGCUAUGACGAGUCCAAUGGCUAAAGCUAUGACAAACGAUGGUAAACUUAGCUCUAGACUUUUUGAUUUGAUGAGACAGAAUUACGAUGAAGACGGCUACGUUGUACGCCACCAAGAUGAGAAACUAAGAUUGGUUUCGCGCUUAACAGAGGAACGGGAGAAGUACGGAAAGCUACUUGACAGAAUCAAACCAGUGGCUAACGAAGUCAGAAGCUGGACAAAAGACGAAGAAAUUGUUGGGAUUCCGGAAAAAACACAGGACUCUGGGUUAGGUAGUAAGGAAAAGUUUUUGGAGGAAGAAAAUGAAGUGCUGAGAGAGUUGCUGGUCGCGAUAAUUGUCCAAAGUGGGUAUCAGGGCACUAACGAAACUGUUGACGAGUGGCUGGAGUUCUUGGGUGAAAGCGGAUGA